AUGCCCAACCCCCCUCACCAGGCUGGAAACCCCGAAGUGGUGGAGCUGGAUGCCACAGCCCCCAUUGAAGCCAUUGUCAACAUUAUCCGGCGAGACGGCGGCAUCAUCAUCAAGAACUUCCUGAGUCCGGAAACCAUCGACCAGAUCCAUGCCGAGGCGCAGCCCUACUGGUCGAAGCUUGGGACCUAUGUUGGGAAACUCUUCGAUGCCGCGGAUCCCCCCCUCAGCGGUUUUGCAGGGAAGUCCCCGACCUUUGCCCACCAAGCGAUCAACCACCCCACAUUCCGCGAGACUGCCAAAGCGCUACUGAAGGAAGAAUCAAAUGUGUAUCGCGAUGGGAAAAGGUACCACACGGUCUCCUACCCCGUCUUGGCCGUGUCGGAGGCCUUCAACCGCGGCUCUCCCUCAACCGCCCAGCAGCUCCAUCGGGACGACAUGGCCCAGCACUUCGAGCAUCUGGAAGGGAGCGGAGAGAGCUCCCUCCUCGGUCUGCUGGUUGCGGGGGUGGACACGAACUUCGAUAACGGCGCCACUCAGGUCAUUGUCGGCUCCCACAAGUGGCCCGAAGCAUCCAUCUGCGACGCGGUAUUCAUCAUCGGGAGCAUCUGGCACGGGGCGGGUGAGAACCGGACAAACCCGCCCGAGCGCCGCAUCAUCUACUCCUGCCAUAUGACCCGCGGCUCCCUGCGCGCAGAUGAAAAUCAAUACCUCGGGGUGGACUUGGAUGUGGUCAAGACCUACCAGCCGGAGGUCCAGGCCUUACUGGGAUACUCGGUUAGCCACCCCAGCUGUGGUCACGUCGGCAUGAAGGAUCCGAUCACGCUGUUGGGAAGCAGGGAAGAUCAGUUCGGCUAUGGUGACUUCCACGGCCAGGUGGCUGGUGCAGCCUCCUAA